AUCAAAAAUGGGAAGCGAACCACCGCCAUCAGAAAAAAAGGUUCGAGAACCAUUCUCUCGAGCCAUGAAAGAUGUCCAGAUUAGUGAUGAACAACGGCUCAAAGAGCUCUGGCAUUUACUUGAUCUGCUGGAAAUUGAAUACAAAAAGACAGCGGAUCUGCAUACUCUCAUCUCUUCUGUAUCCGAAUCUUUGACAAUGGUCUGGAAAAGGAGGGAUCCUAAGUCGGAAUUGGCUCUGAAAGGACUUUUACUUAUCCUCGAAUACUGUCUGAGUCAUGUUUUUGAUGGCCAUGCUGUUUUUGAGAUUUUUGUGUCGUCGUUGGGAUUUAAUACGGUUAUAUUCUGGAAACACUGCGCCGGUUACAUUUUCGACUCGGAUCUGGGAAGAGGUACAAAGUUCCGUGACGCGCUUCUCUUCUCCCUUACUCUGUACGACGUCAACACUGGUAAAAAUCGAUUGCGAGAACUUUAUGCGGCGGUACCCGGGAUUCGAAAGUCUCUACUUGGAGUGAAUGCCAAACAAUUUGGAGAAAGGUAUCACCAUUUACAAAAGCGUCUGGCUCGCUAUGGAUCACACACUUCUCUAUGCAGUGUUUCAAGUGAUAGUGAGGGAGAGGAAGCCAUUCACAACGUUCGCUCUGGAACUCACACAGAAAGCGAAAGCGAGGAAGACCCAAAAGCUCCAAGAAGCGGCCUUGCCACGUCACAUUUCCAACAACGUGUCAUCAACGUGUCCAACGCACCACCUGUUUCUCUAAAGCGUGAAAAAACCGGCGACUGGGAGAUCAAGCAAGGUUCCGGAGGACUGGUCGCAUGUGUGGAUCCAGUUAUGUCGAAGGAUCACGAAAACUUAUGGUUGGCUAAUUUGGGAAUGAACAUUAAUGAUAAAAAACAAAAAAGACCCGGAUCAGUAGCCUCCAUCCCGGAAUCAUUCCCAUCAACGAAUACUCUGGGGCUUCCACUUAUUAAGCAAACAAUUGCGGAAGUGUUCUUCCACGUUCUCGCUGAUGACGAUAUGGAUGCACCGAAGAAUGAGAAACAGAAGAAAGCUCGUGAAGAAAUGUCUCUUCUUGGUGUCCUCAACAAUUACAAUCGCGGAAACUACAAGUUGAAUCCGGUAGUUGUUCAAGAAGACGACUAUAACGUUUACUAUGGAGGCAUCAGUAACGGACUACUAUGGCCUGCACUUCACAAUCUCCCAGAAUACAUUGUCAGUGAGUACGACGACGAGAAAAUUCUCCGAGCUCAUUGGUGCGCCUAUGUUCGAGUCAAUUACCAAUUCGCAAUUGACGCCGUGAGAAACAGUCGGCCACAAGAUUUCAUCUGGAUCCAUGACUACCAUUUGAUGCUUGUUGGAAUGAUCAUGCAGUCUUUAGAUCAACAUCUAGAAGUCGGAUUCUUCUUGCACAUUCCCUUCCAGCCACCUGGAGAGUUUUUCUCAAAGUACUCCACUGUGGGAUUUGCGGUGCUCAGAGGGUUGCUGAGGUUUACUAAAGUUGGAUUCCAAACUCACAGGGAUCGUACAAAAUAUAUAGAACUUGUUCAACAUUACUUUGGAACCGCGAAAAUUGUGUAUGACAAUAAGAUGGAUAUUUAUUCCAUAACAAAUGAAGGAUGGACAUGCUCCCUCGGAGUCUUCCCGGUGAGCAUUAAGAACGACGAUUUCUUGAAAUUUGUGGAUCUUCCUGAAACCAUCAAACUCAAAAAUGACCUCCGAAAACGCGUCAUGGGAGACACACCAGCCCCAGACGGUAGAUUCUUCUUCUCGGUCGAAAGAUUCGAUUACACCAAAGGAAUUAUGGAAAAGCUUCAGGCCUAUAAGAGGUAUUUCGAGAGACAUCCAGAUCGAAUUGGCAAGGAUGUACUUUUUCAAAUCGCUGUUACAAAUCGAAGAAGUGUGGAUACGUAUCGAGUGUAUCAGGAUGAAUGUAUUGAUCUUGCGGAUAAGAUCAAUGAAAUAUUCAAAGAUCCCAAUAACCCCACAUGGAAACCAUUGGUCUUCCAAACUGACGGGCUUCCAAGAAGUGAACUAGUUGCUGCCUAUCUUGCAAUGGACAUUGGUGUAGUAACUCCGAAGAAGGAUGGAAUGAACCUCGUCGCCAAAGAAAUGCUUGUCUGUAAUCCGAAAGCUGGACUAGUACUCUCUACAGGUGCAGGAUCUGAAAUUCAGUUCACUACUGCUGGGCUUUAUAGCGAUAAGGAGAAGAAUUAUCAUAGAAUUUCCAAUGUCUUUGAUCCGGACUCUUAUUGCGAUGCCUUCUACUCAGCGGCUUUGGAACCAGAGGAUGUACGAGCAGAGCAUGGAAAGAGGCUUCACGAGUUUAUAAUGGCCAAUGAUAUUGAGAGAUGGAGUUGUGCAUUUUUGGAUCCAAGUUGGACACAUGAAGUUAUCAGGCCAACUCAGGUUGAAACCCUCGACGACUUCUUCUCUCUGAUGAUGAAAACUCGCAAUGUCCGCCGGCAAAUUGUGGGUCGCGUCCUGAAAGGAAUACCAAUCCGUUCCCAUUUUGCGAUUUCUCUCCGCAAUGCCAAAGAAUCCUUGGAGCAGAUCUGCAAACCUGGUACCCAUACCGCCGAAUUUAAAUCUGGACCGGACUCAAAGGAAGUUGCUCACUUCGAGAUUGAUAAUGAAUUGCAAGAGUUUGAAAGAGAUUUGAGUUUUAUCGAUUAUGUGCAAAGUGAUGAUGCUGACAAUGUGGAGCAGUUUGUAGAUACACUCAUCAGCUCACAUCCAAUUUCAGUGGAAACCUAUAAGAAGGAAGUUGAAAAUGCCGUUGAGCUGCUCUACUCUGCUGAUCAUUUCCACUAUUUCUUCACCGAUCGAGACGGAACUUUGAAAAGUUAUUCGUGCAGUUAUCCGUCAAGUAUUCAGCCAGCAUAUUCUGGAGUCAUUCAGGCCCAAUUUGCUCGCCGCUGUGCUCAAACCUGUGUAAUUCUGACUACAGCUCCUCUAAUGCACAUCGGUGUUCUUGAUGUGUCAACUAUUCCAAAUGGUUAUUACUAUUUUGGUGCAUCCGGUGGCCGUGAGUGGUUCAUCGACAAUGGUCAUAAUUUCAAAGACGAGUCAAUUUUGAAAGGAGAGAAGGCUGAUGUCCUAGCAAGCGCGUACACACGAAUCUCUCACUUGCUAGAGGAGCCCGAGUUCCGUCCAUUCACAUGGGUUGGCUCAGGACUACAAAAGCAUUACGGUCACUUGACCAUUGCGUUCCAAGACGUCUACAAGACAAUCACCGAGGCUCAAGGAAAACAGCUACACGAAGAAAUUGAGAAAAUUGUGAAGGAUGUGGAUCCACAUGGUACACGUCUUCAAUUGGCUAGCACUGAAUUUGACAUUAAGGUUUAUAUGAAGACAGAAACAGAUGGUCACGUAUUCGAUAAGGGAGAUGGAUUAAGAUUGCUGUGUGAGAAAAUGCACUGUGAUUUGACGGAAGGCAACGUGUUGGUAUGCGGAGACUCUUCCACUGAUAUUCCUAUGCUUAAGGAAUGUCUGAUUAGAAAUCCAAAAGGAGUCUACACAAUUUGGGUUACUGUCAAUGAUAAAUUGAAGGAAGAGGUCCGCGCUCUCUGCGCAUCCUACUCAAACUCCAACGUCGCAUUUGUCUCGUGCCCAGAGGUUCUGCUUGGUGCCAUGGCCCAAGCCACCAUCCGAGAGAUAACCAUCACAAGAACCCGCAAAAUGUCACGAAAUAUUGUUUGACCGCAAAAAAUGAAACCCACCGACUAACAUUUUUCUGUCUGUAUAGGUCUGACUACCAUUUUUCUAUGUUUUGUAUGGGUUAAUUAAUUUUUUCGCAUUUUCCAAGAAAUUUUGAGCUGAAAUAAAGGCUUUGUGUCCCUUU